AUGGGAGGAUGUCUAUCAACACCAUCGUCACCCAAACAUACCAAUGAGACCAAACAGGUCACCGCUGCUUCAUCAUCUAAAUCCCCUCAGACCAACGUCAACCCUUCCUCACCCGCUCCAGCAACCAAUAACAAUGGCGAGUCCACGCCGACGAGCGCGGCAGGGCAAGGCCUAGCUGCUGCCCUGGCAUCGACUGAACCUACCGCGCAGGAAUCUAAGGGAGAUAGAAAUAGGAGUAAUAUGAUUGAUAGGCAGCUGGAAGAUGAUUCGAAAAAGUUCAAGAGGGAAUGUAAGAUUCUGUUACUGGGAUCCGGAGAAUCAGGAAAAUCCACCAUCGUGAAACAGAUGAAAAUCAUUCACCAGAACGGGUACAGCCGUGAAGAGCUGUUGAGCUUCCGUCAGAUCGUACACAAAAACGUACUUGAUUCAGCGCAGGCUUUGAUCAUGGCUAUGAGGAAGAUUGGGGUUGAUCCGGAGGAACCAAACAACAGAGUAUACGCCGACCGAAUCCUCGAAUUCCGUAUGGACACCGACCCCCUCUCCGUCCUCCCGUCGGAUAUCCUACACAACGUAGAUUCGUUAUGGCACGAUCCGGUGAUCCCUUCAGUGAUGGACCGAUCGUCCGAAUUUUACCUCAUGGACUCGGCCACCUACUUCUUCGCCAACAUAAGGAAGAUCGGUGCAGCGGAUUAUAUACCUGAUGAAGCGGAUGUGCUGAGAGCGAGAACAAAGACUACUGGUAUCAGCGAAACGAGAUUCAACAUGGGUCAAUUGUCGAUUCAUAUGUUCGAUGUGGGAGGUCAGAGAUCAGAGAGAAAGAAGUGGAUUCAUUGCUUCGAAGCAGUCACUUCCAUCAUAUUCUGUGUGGCCUUAUCGGAAUACGAUCAAGUAUUACUUGAAGAAUCGGGUCAAAAUAGAAUGCAAGAAUCCUUGGUCCUGUUCGAAUCAGUCAUAAAUUCGCGAUGGUUUUUAAGAACUUCCGUGAUCUUAUUCUUGAAUAAGAUUGAUCUGUUUAAGCAGAAGUUACCCAAGAUACCUCUAGUACAAUACUUCCCUGAGUAUACUGGUGGCGCCGAUAUCAACAAAGCUGCCAAAUACAUCCUAUGGCGAUUCACCCAGACCAAUCGAGCGAGAUUAUCCGUCUACCCUCAUUUGACUCAAGCGACUGAUACUUCUAAUAUCCGUCUGGUAUUCGCUGCAGUGAAAGAGACGAUCCUUCAAAACGCUCUACGUGAUUCCGGUAUAUUGUAA